CCACGACGGGUGUGUGAACGUCAAAGCUCUCGAUGCAUUGCACAAUUCAUCCCCCCAAAAAUCAUCGAAAAAUGUUUCAAAAUAAUAUCCAUGACACUGGAUCGUGGAUAUAAAAUGUCAGACGGGGUUGAAAAAUAAUUCGUAUAAAAAAAUUGAUAAAUCAAAUGUUUUCAUUGAAAAAAUUGUCAAAGGGAUUUUUUAAAAAAUUACUAAAUUAAUAUCGAUGGUGUGUGAUGUUUGUGCAGCCCCCUGUGCCGUACCCCCAGCCCCCACAACCGCGAAAAAUCCCCUCCAUUAUUUCUGAAAAUGAAAAAACUAUCGGAUUGAAAAAUCUCUGGAGAUAGAAAAAAAUUUGUCUUUGUUUUUCACGCGUGAGAAUAAUCUCGGGAUUUUUUUUUCUUUUUGCGUCUAGGGGCGAGUUUGGGGUGUGGUGCCUGAUAUGUGAUUAAACAAAUCAUGGGUAUGAUUGAGGGAUCUCGGCAAAAGUUAUAAAUUGUUUAUUGUAAAUAUCGUGGACAAUUUAUCGGACGAAUUAUCUGGAUUAAAUCUCCAAAUGGCCUGAAUUCACAUCAUCCCCGGCGCUCAACGCUAGUCACUGCACAUUCCAUGAAGCUCACCUGCUCUGUGUCGUCGAUGGGCGUGCGGGGGUGACUGGAGUGAUGGGAUGGGGCCAGAGCCCCAUGGAGUUCGGGUAGGCCCGUCUCCGGCCCAGCUCCCCAGCCCCCUCCGCCAUCGUAAUCGUCACCGAUCGUGCAAGCGAAGAGGUGGGCCACCUCGUACGCGAUGGAGGCAGGUAGUACUCAACAACGUAAGGAGAAGGUACCACGUGUACACAGACCUUGCGCCUUCGAUAAGAUGGAGGGGCUGGUGCGAAAGAUGCAAGACGCGGAGAACGGUGUGCCCGUUGGCAGCCAGAAGCAAUUUCUCACGUCAAUACCUUCGGCAUUCAUGGGUAAAAGAAUGAAAAUUAAUAAAAAUUCUAAUUGUUUAAUGAAAACAAGAAAUUAUUUCCAUCAUUUGGAUUUCUCCUCAGGCUACGAUCUCGUAGAGUGGCUGAUAGACCGACUCUCGAUCGACGAAACCGAGGCGGUCCAUCUAGCUAAUCAGCUGUGCCAAUAUGGUUAUUUCUUCCCAGUGAAUGACUCCAAAACUCUCACUGUUAAGGAUGACAGUUCCCUCUAUAGAUUUCAGACACCGUAUUACUGGCCUUGGCAGCAUCGAACACCUGACAACGUUGAGUACGCGAUAUAUCUGGCAAAACGCACUCUAAGGAACAAACAACGUCAUGCACUCGAGGAAUACGAGAUCGAAGCCCUGAAUAGCCUGAGAAAAAAUCUAGCCAACAAAUGGGAGUUGAUACAGAUGCAGGCGGAGGAGCAGGUGCGUCUCUCCAAGGAGCGUAAAAAAGGUGAUAAAAUAGUGAGUGAUUCGCAAGAACGUGCGUUCUGGCGAGUCUACAGGCCACCCCCAGGAUGUCCAAGCAGUCUCGAAGUAGUUCCAGUGCCAACAAGAGCUAGACCCGGUGCAAAACUCCCUGUCAGAAAGCGUACACUCAACGAUUUGCAGCGCGAGGUUGAACUAUUGAGAAACAGUUUGACACGCACACGAACAAAAGUAUCAGUAGCCAUUGAAAAUUUGAAAACACAUUACGAAACGUACACGGAGUACGAUCCGUUGAUAGUGCCACCCCAGCCGUCAAACCCCUGGAUGACAGACGAUCAGUCAUUUUGGCAAUUGAAUAGUCCUCUUGUCGAUGUACCAACGGAAAAGCGGGUCAAGAGAUGGGGUCUAUCCAUGGAGGAGCUGAUGUUUGACCCCACGGGAUUGCUAGAGUUUACUAAUUAUCUUAGGAAGGAGUACAGCCACGAGAAUAUCAGAUUCUGGCUGGCUGUCAAGGAUCUGAGACACUGCAAUCAGGCCCACAUUGGGGAUAAAGUCAAUGAAAUUUUUCGGGAAUUUUUAGCACCUGGUGCACCGUGCGAAAUAAAUAUUGAUGGAAAAACCAUGGAAAAAGUUCAUCAGGAGAUGAAAAAUCCUAGCAGAUUUACAUUUGAUGCUGCGGCUGAGCAUGUUUACACACUUCUACUUAAAAAGGACUGCUAUCCUAGAUUCAUAAGGUCUGAUCAUUACAGAAAUCUAGUGGCUGCUGGAGUUCAGCCUCUACAGAAGAAAAGAUUUUUUAAUUUCGGAGGGCAAACGAAGAAGAAAACGACCACCUCAGGUGGUAUGGGUGGUUUGCAGCAGGCAAGUAUGGGUGGUUCAACGAGCGGUGGUAGAAGAAGGGGCAGUGAUCGAAGUCUAUCAGGAUCAGCCCACGAAUUAGCUAUCUGUGGUAUACGUGACGUGACUACUGCACCCCGAGUGCCACAUUCCCUCAGCCAACAGAAUCUAACGGAUAUUCCCUACAGGGGAGACCUGGAGCGUCUCACUAAGAACAUUUCCAGGCCUAGUCCACGUAGUGUUCAGGAUGCUGGUGCCACCGAGACAUCAGCGGUUCGCCCUAUGGACGAUGUCUGCCCCUGGGACGCAGCGCCAGGUCCGAGCAACGAGCCAGACGCAAUCGCCGGCACAUCAUCAGGUUCGACUGAUCCUGCAAAUUGGUCUGGUAUGCCAUUACCACCGGACACUGGAUCAAGAGCAUCACGAAAAAAUUCCUCUCAAUUUGACUCGUGUAGUUCGUCAUCAGAUGUCAGUAUAGCCAUUACCGAGGCGUCUGAAAGACUGAGAAAAACAUGUGGUCUACAGCACUCUAGCACCAUAGUAGGGCCAAAUUUAACGAGAAAUUAUUCAGUUGGACCAGUGCCCAGGGUCAAGUUGGCAGAUACCAGCAGAUCAUCGAUUUCUUCGUGUAAUUUUCCGUCACCGCAACAUAGCUUUGAUCUGUCAGGGAGUCAUCUCGUUGGGUCGAGUCAUCCUGUUCUUCAGCUUCAUCAACUAGACGUCGCCAAAAGUGUCCCAGAGGAAUCGGAAAAUUGGAGUACAGAGGAGAGUGCCUCAGAGCUAGAUGACUCGAAGGAAUCGAGAGCCCCAGGGAUAGCACCACUUAUAAGUAUCUCAACAAUAGUUGGAGAUAUUGCUUGUGAAUCGGGUGAGCUCGAGGAAGAUAGCAUUCCUGUGACAAUUGAGGAAGUACCGGAAGUCGAAGAAAAGUUGAAUGAAAAAAAUAAUGAAAAUGUCGAGGGGAGAGAGACUGAUUCUGGGGAAGAAGCACAAGUUGUACCUGUCUGGGUCCCUGAGGAUAAUGAAAAUGAUCCUGAAGGGCAGAAGGAGGGGAGCGAACAAGUGCCGGGGGAACGUGACAAUAAUGUUAAUGAAGUUUGCCCAUGGGAAGAUGAGGAAAAUUGUAGAGUGGAUGCGACCUAUGUAAAGACCUAUGCGACCCUAGGAUAUUUGUAAAGGUGCUUAUGCCAGGCGAAAAUUUUUAGACCUGAAAAUAUGAAGAUGAGAAUUUUGUCGUGAAGAGGAUUAAUUGUAUAAAAUUUUUGCUGCAUUUGGAGGUGCCUGGUGGCAUUAACGACGGUUUUUUUAGUCGAUCACGAGUGUCAGGGGUUCCAGGAUUUCCCCUAGGUCGCAAAAACAAUUCACAAACACCAAAACAGGUACCAAUAAUCAUUGUUUACAUCAAUUAGCAGAAACAAAACCAAAAAAUUGGUUAAACAACUGGAAAUACUAGAAAACAAUCGAUUAAUCCGCUAUUUCCAUAGUUUCUUCAAUUAUAUAGUUAAUUCACCGAUUAAUUGAGCACAUUAAACAAUUAAUAAACGAUUAAUUAAAUUAAUUUAAUGAAUUUUUGGUUUGCAAAAUUUAAUUCUAUAGAAUCCAGAAACAAAUAAUGAUUUUUCGAUUCGUGAUUAAUCAACAGCUGUGAGAAUAAUUCACGUUUUUGGAGAAAAAAUCAAUGAAACACUCGUAAAAUCAUCAAGUAAUAUAAAAAAAUAAUUAACAUAAUGAAAAGAAAAUUAUUUACUCGUGUUGCAUCGAGAGAUCACCUCGAUGAUUAAAUACGUAUAUCGACGUUAAUGAAAUUAUUGAUUAAAUACAUAAAUAAUUUAGAAUGUUUAGACUAUUCGUAAUGUUGAACCUCAAUUAGUGAUUAGUAAUUAGUGACGUGGAACGCUUGAUAAUUUAGGUAAAUUAACCGAGUAGAUUAACACAUGAUCCAGGGAAUAUUUGCAAGGUUUGUGGAAUCAAUAAAUAAUUUUUUUUAUCAUUUUUGUACAGAGGAUUUGGCUCAAGGCGGACUGUCAUUACAGACCCCGUGACCUCCCCCUUGGGCUCCCAUCUUCAGUGAUUCACAAACUAAUUAAUAAUCAGUUAAUUUUGACCAUUAUUUUAAAUUUUAACAAAUUAGAGAGAUGAAAAUUAAUUUUUUUUUUCGCUUAAAAAAUUGUUUUAUACGAUUAAAUCAUUUUUUGGGGAUUUUUUCCAGUUGACAAUUCAGAUAGGCGACUUGAUUGAGAAAUUAAUUAAUUAGUUUAUACCCUGGAUUAAAUUUAGGACGCGUUUGUAGUUUGUAAAUCGAUUGAAGGCUUUUGUGAUAGUAGAUUACAGUGGAGUCAGUGUUUAUCGAGUUUGUGUGAAUUAAAAAAAUGUUGAUAAACUAAAAAAAAAAUAAUCACUGUUAGUUAAUUAGCGAGGAGUGAGGUAGAUUGUUCAUGGAAUGUUUGUAAUUGAUAGAUUCAAUGAAUUAAAGUGGAAGAUAUUAAAAAUGAGAAAAAAAAACAAUCGAUUCAGGUUAAUGUUAAUGAAGAACAUAAUUAAUUUAUUGUGAUCUGAGGCUUCAGAGACUGCCACUGCCCCGGAGUCUGAAGUGCUCCAUCACAAAAGAAUAAUUAAUCACUGAUUAACAAAAACAUUACGAACAAAACGGAAAUUAAAUAAUUUUAAAAAGUUCAUUAAAUAAAAAGUCUCACAAAAAAAGGUUGACAAAUGGUAAAAUGAAGUGAGAAAUUAAAUUGAUGAUUUCGAAAAGUCAUUAAUUGUUUAAUUAAUCGGUUGAUUAAUCGGAGUAAUUGUUUAAAUAAUUGCAAGAGCGUCAAAAUAAUUUAUAAUAAUUUAAGUUGGCGGAUUAAUACGACGGAAAUUGACGAAAAAAAUUCUGAUGUGAAAUUUGAUGAUUUAUUCAUUGUUUUCAUUGAUUAAUUAACUAAACGGAUGGCAGAAGAGGUCGUGGUAAUUAAUGAUUAAUUUCCAGAAAAAUUACAACCAAAGAAAUGAAAAACAAUCCAUAAAAAAUGGAUCUCAUCUUUAGAAAGUAAAAAAAUCGCGAAAUAAAAUGGAUAAUUCAAUUUUUCAUUUCUAAAAAUCAUUUAAUGGAUCAAUUAAUCAUUUACUUAAUUGGUAGACUUGUUUAAAUGACUAUAAAAGUAUUUAAAUAAUUUAUAAUAAUAUAUUUCAGCCCAUUAACUCGAGAAAAAAUUGAGGAAGCAAAUUCCUAGCAUGAACUUCCUUGAACUAUUUAUUAUUUUCAUUGAUUAAUUAAUUAAGUAGACGAGGAGAGGGGGAUGAAUGACUGUUGACACUCGAUGACAACUGAGAAUUCUUUACCAGGCACUCAACAGAAGAGAAAUUACCGUAAAAAAGCAGACUCUUAAUAAUCGUCAGCUCAAUCUAAGUCUAGAGUGAUUUUAAUCUUAGGAAAAUUACCAUUAACUAUUAAUUAAUUACUUAAUGAUAAUCUAGGCGUAAUGACGGAUAAUGAAAUGAAUAAUAUAUAUUUGCCGUCGUGGAAACACUGCAACCCCAGAUAAAUUAAUUUCAAUGGAAACGGAAACGAUGAAAAUUUAAGAUAAUGAACAAGAGAUGAUUAAUUGCCAGUUGGUGGAUAGCACUUGAUAUUACGCAUUAGCGGUGACAAUUUGUAGGUUUAGACCUAGAUUUUUAAUGCAAAAAAAACAUUGGGAGAGUGACGUUGAGGAUAUUGCAGAGAAAUUAUGUCGGAGAAAAUUUGACCUCGGAAAAUUACAUUUUUGCUCGGAAAAAAUUUUCCGAUAUUGAUUUAUUACUUAUUAAUAAUUAUUAACGAAUGAAUUGAUCAAUAAUAUUCAGAUGUUUCGUCGAAUGCUUCUUGAUAUUCGUUAUAUUGACAAUUUUUAAUUUAAUUCUCAAUCAAAUUUCAAUCUAAAAUUUUUUCAUGUGAUUAAAAAUUGACUUUGGGGAAAAAAUGUGGACGUGUUCACAUUGAAUUAAUGAUUACCCUUUUCACUCUGAUAAUUAUACAAUCAAUUAAUGGUUUGAAACGCAAUUAUCGCGAGAAAUUUCCGAAAAUGCAAUUUUGCGAGACAAAAACCGUCGAAAAUCGUAAUUUCAAAGGGAAAAAAAAAUUUCUUUCAUCUUGAGAAAAUUUCACAAUCGUUAGACGGAGCUUGGUACUUAUCUCUCAUUAAUCAUUAUUAAACAAUACCCAAAAAAAUCAUAAUGAGAAACGAAAGAAGUUCAAUAAUUCUGCAAUGAAUUGAUAAACUAAAAAGUGUGCAUUUGAAUUCACCCCAAUUAUCGAUGAUUACCUCCCCAAGGAGACCAGAUACGGAAAUUUUUGUGAAGAUCUUUUUUCUAGUCCACAUAUUGCUCUACAAAAAAGAUUCCUACGAAAAAUCCGCUAUCCCUCUCUAUUUGCGAGUUAUCCACCGAUAACCAAUCCUAGACCAACUACACUCAAUUCAAUUUACCAAUUCACUUCGGAAAUCAUCUGAUGUUCAAUCAAUUAAUUUUUUUUUCGAAAAAUUGUGAUUUUCAAGACUCGAUAUAUUUUUAUUAGUAAGAUAUAAUCAUUUGUUUACAUGAGGUACCAGAUGAGCGACGAAAAUCGGAGGGUUAUCAUUCAAUUGGGGGAGUGCAUUCGAGUUCGAUUAAGAAGUACCUGAGAACUAAAGUCAGAGAGAUAGAGAGAGAAAGGAAAAUAGAUAAUUAAAAUAUUAUUUAGGCCUAUGUCGAUUGUUGCACAACAGUCGUAAAUAUAAAUACAUCAAUUUUCCCCCCGAAGACGAUCCUCAUAACGAUAACGAAACUGAAAAAAAUCUGGCUAACGAAUCAAUGAAUAAUUUACCUAGUUUAUCGUCUCGCUUGUGCUCCCAUAUUUUUUUGUUUUAUUAAUUAAAUUUUUCUACUCUACAAAAUGAAAAAUAAUAUCGUCCAUCACUCGAGGUAGAUUAUUCAUUUAGGUGAAUAAAAUACAGUUCUAUUUAUUUUAAAAAAACGAUGACAUGAUCAAUUCAUCAGGUGAAGGAAUAAAAAAGUAGAAACAGUCGAUGUUCAGUUUAUCGUAAAUAUCUCGAAAACCGGAAGAGAUAAAGAAAAAUUGGACUAAACAUUUUUUGUGGAGGGAGAAAUUCUCCGCCAAAAUGAUAUUGUCAAUAAUUUUGCUAUCUCCCAUAGGUCUCGAGAUAUUUAAAAAAAUGUGAAGCUCUGCUUUACCACUGGUUCUAACUUACAAUUCCUCAAGAGAUCGAUGGAUUUGUUCAGUUAAAUUCGAUAUUUUUAUUGUAAAAUAGUUGCUGAUGAUUGAUGUGUGCCUAAUGAGUUGCAAUUGCCCUUGAUUAAAUUAUAAGGAAUGAACAUGAUUGAUACAAUGUUCCAAUGAAAGUGGAUAACAUUUUGCUAAAUAAAACAAAAUCCUCAAUCUGUUGUAAGAAAUUUCCAUCGCAAAAUUAUCAUUGAGGACUACUGAUCAUCACGUGAGGAGAAAUAUAAUUAUAUUACUAAUAAUAUAAUAAUUAAUAAAUAAUUAAUAUAUUAUUAUUAAUUAUAUUAUUUUUAUUUGCCGCGUAAAUGUUAUUUACACUCGCAAAGAUUGUGAAAUAUUGAGAAAAAAAAUGAAACUUUGAAAAUCAAGGAAAAAAAAUGUUAAAAUGGGCUUUAAUGUAUAUAGUUUUGUAAAGUGUUAUUAGUAAAAAAAAAAAAAUGAACAAAACCCUUGGAGAAAGUCAUGAUUUCGAGGGAGGAUCGUUGGUCUCGUCGGUUGAUUCCCGACGCAAGUAAAAAAAACGAAAAAUCAAAGGGGAAAAUUAAUAAAAAAAAAUAAUUUAAAAAUGUUAUAGAGCAGUAUCGAGUGCCCGAAAUGAGUAUGACACAUUGUCUGUUACAAAUAGAAUUUAAGAGCAAAAAAUGUCAUAUAAAAAUGACGCUUCAAUGAAUGAUUUAAAACAACAUAAAUGAAAAAUCUUUAAAUUGUGAAAUGCGUAAUUUAAAUCUUACGAGAGAAAAAAAAAACAUUUUAAAAAUUAAUCGAUACGUUUUUGUUGAUUAUGGGUUGUAUAUAAUAUAUACGUAUACGUAUAAACAAGUGCAUAAAUAAUUGUAAGCUGUCAAAAAGAGGAAAAAAAGGAAAUAGAAUGUCAUAAUAAAGAAAAUUACAAAGUAAAA